AUGACCUCUCCAUCUGGCUCGCAGUCGGCUCGCGAACAGCCAGUGUCAUCUUCAAGGGAGCCCAGGCAAAGCCAUGGUGUCACCCGAAGGAGAGCUCGUCGCGCCUGCCUACGCUGCAGGGCUCGCAAAGUCCGUUGCGACUCCAAUGGCGGCAGUAUUCCCUGCACCAACUGCAAGCUCGAUCAGGUCAACUGUCCUGUGGAGCCUACAGCUACAAGGGGAACACAGUCGCAAAGGUAUUGCACUCAUAGACCGCUUCCCUGUGGUGAAAUGCACGCUGAUCCACUCCUAGCUCAACAGGAAUCUCGUCAACAAGCAUCUCGUCAACAAGUACUAGAUUCCCGGCCUGAAGCUGAUGUUCAUAUUUACAACAAGGAGAACAUCGAGCGGCCGCCUGACCGCCUUUGGACUCGACCUUCCUGUCCUCUGGCACGGCUCUACAACAACGAUCUCCCCUCAUUCGUUAGGCCACUUCCGUCGCGGCUAUCGCCGCCUGUUUCACAUCUUCUUCGCGAAAAGCUGGCCCUGUCUGCGCCCUCAGUCGAAUUGCAAAAUGCGCUAUGGCUGGCAUAUUUGAAGUCUGUGCACCCCUUCAUGCCGGUGCUUGACGCACACUCCGUCUUCGCAAUUAUGCAGCGGAGGGAUGGCUCCAAAGGGCAAGUAAGUCUCCUCCUGUACCACGCAAUCAUGCUGGGUGGUCUGCAUUCCGUCGACAUGGACUACCUGCGUGGCGCUGGCUACACCUUGCGGAAGACGUGCUUAAACGACGCCUUCGAAGUGGUGAAGCUUUUGUACGACAUGGACUAUGAGCAAGAUCGCGUGUGCUUAAUCCAGAGUCUUUUACUAAUGACUCUCUGGUACCGAUCCCCGGACGAUCACAAGGAUCCGUGGCACUAUGUCGGUCUGGCUGCGGCUCUCGCGAGGAAGACAGGUCUUCAUCAAGGUCAAAUCAUUGCUGCCAUCGAUCCAGGGAGACAGCCCCUCUUAAAAAGAAUUUGGUGGUGCUGCGUUAUGCGGGAUUAUAUGAUCGCUUAUGGUAUGAGUCGACCAGUCCACAUCCGUCUUCGGGAGUGCACGACCUUGAUGCUUACCACAAACGACUUCGAUGAUCUCGACCUCGCUACAGCCUGGUCCGUGUCAAUGCGUUCUCCCAUGGACCACUGCCAACGGGAGGGGCGCAACCUGGCCGUCUUGUUCGUCGAGUUGCUUAAACUCUGCAGGAUCGGGCACGAGUAUCUUGAACUGGAGGAGUUAAAAGAACUGCAUGGCGGGGAUGCACAUAUGCAGAACGUGGAUAUUCAAAUUGGACUUUCCAACCCGACCUCGGAGGAGAAGAUCCUCGAGAAAAUCGAAGCAGGGCUUUCCUCCUGGUAUGCCAACUUGUCACAAUAUUCUUGGUUGACGCUGCCAUUCACCCAAGGCUGGGAGCCUGAAGAUGGUGUUUUGGUUCAACAUUGCAGUCUCCUCUACAUGUUGUACCAUACAGCCGUCAUUACGGUUCAUCGAAGGCACCUGAUGCCCCCAAAGCUGCCCACGGACGACACGGAAGCCGACGAGACGGCCGCAGCAUCACGGAAAAGAGUUCGCGAUGCUGCGCGGCAGGUGACAAGCCUAUGUGAGAUGCUCGACGUCAACGGGCUCAUAAAAGGACUACCCAUGCCUUUUAUGACCUGUGUCCUCAUCACAACCAUCGUACAACUCCUGGAGAUCAAAUUUACAGGAAACUCCCCGAAGCCGGAAGACAUGCAGGCUUUGUCACUACUGUCUGAUAUCAUGAAACAAGUGGGAACCGAGGUGUCCUGUAUGGACCGGUUUUAUAAGGUUCUCGAGUCUGCGUGCCAGACUGCGAAGAUUCAAAUGCCUCCAACAUAUAUAAAGGAACGACGACCGCCUCCCCAUCACCGCCCGGACAGUGAGCAGCAUCACAUACAGUCCGCUGCAUGCACAGAUACUGGUGUAAUGGCCAAAGGGGAUCCCACACCAAUAUUUGGAGUCACACCGCCACCAGAGGAGGAUCCCAUUGGCACUUCAAUACCUCCACAUCAGGCCGCCAUUGGCUAUCCUGUAGGCAUCCCCAGUCUCCCACCAAGUCCAAUUGAAGGUGAACUCUUUGAUACCGACUUUGCCUUGAUGGAAAAUCCAAACGAUGAAGCUUGGAUGUUCUCCUACGACAUCACCGACAAAGACCUACCUGCAAGUUAUGGAGAGGCGAUCGAUGCCUGCCUCAUGGACACAAACAACCUCCAACAGACUUAUUUUAGCGAUCAAGGGGGUACCGCGCCCUUUGCGUCGGAGUUCCAGGGUGACGGUUACAACAAUCGCAUCAUGGAGGAAAAUGCUUGGCUACUGAGCCCAAUAGAGAUGGAUCGUGUCGAGCAUAUGGACUUAUCUCUGCUGUUAUGA